CACCCACCUUGGCCUCCCAAAGUGCUGGGAUUACAGGCCUGAGCCACCGUGCCCAGCCCAUCAUUUCAUUUUAUCUCCAAUCCAAACCCUACGACCUUUAAUAGACCUGUUAUUAUUUUAUAAUUUAAAAAAUAGGUAUGUAAAGCCUCUGCAGAAUUCCAGAAUGGCUCCUGAGUAAUGCACAGAUAAAGUCUGUUUAGUAGACUUUAUGGUUAGUGUAUUUUGUCAUUUUCUAUUCUUUGAAAUAGAAGCAUUGAAUAAACAUGGAUGGUAACUUCUCUCACCAGAAUGCUUGAUUUCAAGAACACAUUGCUCUCUUAAGCUGCACAAAAGGGUUUAUUGUGUGUAGAGUAGAUAAUAGGGGGAUAUAAGCCUAAAAGGACCUCAGAGAUCACCUAGUGAAAACUCUUGAUUUUACAGACAAGAAAACUGAAAACAAAGAGGAGGAAUUGUUUGUUCAAAAUCACAGAGUGGUCAUUGCAUACAAUUCAAGUCUUCACAUCCUUUAUUUUGUGCCUUCUCUAUUCAAGGGUGUUCCUCAGUAUUACCUGUAGUAUUUUAGAAAACACGUAUAUCUGAGUCAAUAUCUUCGUGUUACUUUAAAGGACUAUGGCUCUGUACCGAUGCGACUAUGUAUAAACAGUUGCUUUCUGAAAACAACUAACACUCUAUUUGCUUUGAAAUGAUAUUUCCCAUCAAAGAAAAGGUCUGACCAUCAUGUACACGACUAUAAACACGUACAAAUCCAAUGACUGGUACAUUCCUUUCAUCUUCACUCUGAUGGCUAUUUUCCUUGCUGGGUUGAUUUCCUGGCUAUGUUUCCUGCUUUGGAAAUACGGGAACAUUACGGAAUGCUGUCAGAAAAUGACCAAGGAAGUCUCCAAGGCCAAACCCAAUGAAAUGAAGUAUAUUGCAGGUGACGGAAAUCAAAAUGAAAGUACUGUCACAGGAAACAGAAAUAAAAAAUUAGAAGUAUUAACAGAAACCAUUGUAUAUGAGACUGUGUUUGAUGGAGAAGCCAUUGAUCCAGUCUCUGGGAACGUAUAUGAAUAUAACAGCAGAACAGAUGCAAGAAAGUGGAAGAAGUCCCCCAGGCACCAGAAGGAGCCCUUGGCAAACAUAUAUUCCCUCCCAGAGGUCCAUCCUUUAGAAGAGUCUACAUCCUUAAAAAUUCCUGUGCAAGGAUAGAAUUUUUCCAGUGUCUGAAUGAUUGUUUUUUUGUGUAUAUGAUUGUCACAGGCAGUUUUUCUUGGCUAUCUAAAAUUAUAGACACGAGGCCAGCUGCUUUAUCUGUGUUUACAGCUUUUUGUAAUCUUCCAGUUCAGGGUGUCUGUGUGAAGGCAGCAGGAGUGGUCAGCUUUGAAUCUCUGAACAUGUUUUGCUGAAAACGAGAUACUAAAUUGACAUAUGUUCAUUGUCUUAAUUUGCCCAGUAGAAUGUACGCUUUUUAAGACCAGAGACUAUUUUUCUCACUGCUUUAGCCCCAGUACAUGCUUGGCACAGAGUGGGGACACUUUAUAUAUUUGUGAAUAAAUAAAUUUGAAUACAUGAA